AUGCCUCUUGCAGGUCGCGGCGUGGCUCUAUCUGGAGACGUUUCUGGCGACGAGGAUGACGAAGAGGAUGGAGAAGACAAUGAUGAGGGUAAAGGUGAUGAUGGUGGAGAUAACGACGAAGAUGAGGGCGACGACACCCUCGGCGCUCCUUCUCAGAAGCGGACCCGGACUGCCUCUGCAAAGGCAAACGGUGCGGCGGCAGCAGCUCGGAUACCGCCCAGGAGGAGCUCCAAGAGCUCGUCUUCCACAAGCAGCUCCACUCCAGCAGGAGCAGGCAAGUCUGCAGCUCUCUCCAAAGGCAAAGCGCCUGAGACAGGCGAAGUCACUCCAAAAGCGCCCAGUGCCGCUAAAGGCAGAGCAGCAGCUGCUUCCAAGGCGACAGCCGCUGCCGCUGCUGCUGCCACGACUGCUACUGCAGGAGCGUCGGGCUCUGCUGCCACAAAGAAGAAGUCGGCCUCUGAGGUGAAGGGAGAGCGUGACUCUUUGACCGGCAGGCGGAAGAUCAAGAUCCAAUUUAUCGAGGAUGAUUCUCGCAGACACAUCACAUUCAGCAAGAGGAAAGCUGGUAUCAUGAAGAAGGCCUACGAGCUGUCUGUCCUGACCGGUACUCAAGUGCUCCUCCUCAUCGUCUCCCAAACCGGUCUCGUAUUCACCUUCACAACCCCGAAGCUUCGACCAGUCGUCAUGGAGACCGAAGGACGAGAGCUCAUCCAGCGCUGUCUUUCGGCUCCUGAUGAC